CAUCAGUGGUCACGUGAGGGAUUCUCGUCACUGGUUUUGCAUGAGAUUAGAAUGAACUUUGUCUCAGUUCCUCUUGUAAAGGAAAAGGAGGAUAUUGGCGUCAAUCUAUCGCUCAAGUUUUUGGAAGCAAACCUUAAAUGAUCAUCCAUAUCCUAUGGAUUCACACAGAACGGAACAGGGUUUGAUGCGUUUAAGAGUUAAUGAUUGAUACACCUGGAGUCAGGUCUGCGCUUUGGACACAGAACAGGGAAUGAGUCCAGUUUAUAAUCUGACACUGAUACCGUCGGGGUGUUGUCUAAAUAAAGGAAGUAGCCUUGAACUCAUCGCGCAGGGAGCCCAGCAGCAUGUAUGAGAGCAGAUCGGAUGAUGCUGGAUGUGACUCAACUGGAUCCGAACCAGCUGUCGGUCGUGGCGACGCCCACGUCGGGAGGAGGAGGACGGGCAGGCCGGGCAGCGUUGUGGAGCGACUCUCGAGGUAUGGCAUGCAGGUCAUGCCGAGCUCCUUCCCGCGUAGGUCGAGACUGCAGAGGCAGCUGGAGGUCACCGACGGGGAGGCUCCGGAGAGAGGCUCGCUCACACCCGCCAUGCGUAAAAAGUACCUGAAGGAGCAGCUGCUCCUGAGCGACCCGACGCACGGCGCCUCCUCCGAGCAGGACGCGGACUGGGCUUUGUAUCCGAUGGAGCACGCGUGGAUGCUGUCCGCCGUGGAGGGGAGCUAUGACACCUUACUGGAGUUCAUCUCGGAGCACCCGUGUCUGUUAACGAGGAAGGACUUCAUCAGCGGGUACUCGGUGCUGCACUGGCUGGCCAAGAGCGGACGCGACGAGACUCUGCUCCAACUCCUGCGUGACGCGCAGAGUGCGGGGCUCCGGGUGGACGUGGACGUGCGGGGCAGCGGAGGGCUCACCCCGCUGCACGUCGCCAGCAUGCACGGGCAGUACAUGGUGGUCAAGCUGCUGGUCGGAGCUUUCAGUGCCAACGUCGAUGCCAUGGACUACAAUGGGAAGAGAGCCUGGCAGUAUCUGAAGGGAGACGCCCCGCUGGAGAUGAGGGAGCUGCUGGGGAUGUGGGAUGAGGAGCACAGCGUGGGGACAAAUGGGAAACAAAACGUCAACAACAACAGCGCGGGGAGGGUGGACUUGACCGCGUGUGAUGAGGUCGAUCACGGGGAGGCAGAGGUGGCAGUGAACUCCUCUGACCGGACUGAGAGAGGUGGAGGCUGGAGGUUUGGGUUUUUAAGCAGGCUGCUACCCUCGCUUUCAUUUCUUGGAAACAAAUGCUGAAUGGUUUAUGACAAGACUUCAAAUAUGUGCAUUAUCACACAGACAGCUCACUGUUUCCCCAACAUCUGAUUUCUGCUUAUUGAGUCCUUAAAUUUCUGGAAAAUCAUUGAAAAUGUUACAGAAAUAUCAGCUGUAAUUGCAGAAAUGUUUAAAGGGAAGUUUUUAGGAUUUAACUACAUGUGGAAAUAGCUGAAUAAGAUGGGGAUUAUCAGUCAUGAACAAAAGGGAUGACAGGCUGUUUUUGUCAAAUUCAGUAUUUUAUACUUUCACAUCAAUUAUUUAAGUUAAACUGUUCAUAACUCAUGUCCAUACUGAUGCCAUAACCUGUGAGGAGUCAAACAAAUAUUUCUACAUUUUAAGGGAAGCCAAGCGUUGACAGCCCCAUUUCACAAAUAAUCCAUUCACUAUCAGUUACUUUUCACUGGACUCCUGGAUGUGGUUUAGGUACUGUCACUCAAAUUGCUUAUUUUGCACUUAGUCUUAAAUAAAAAUAAAAAAAGAUGCCUUAACUGAGCUUUUACUUAACAUUUGUGAGUUCUGCUUAUGUGAACGAUUUAAAUGUUGGAUAUUGGCAAACUCAGCUUUAGCACUACGGUAAACAUUUAGUUUGUCUUGCUACUAAAUUCGGCUUCUUGAAUAACAGUGUUGUCUUUGGCACUUAGAACAGAGCUGAGAUUCUGGCCAAACUAGAAAUAACCACAAUCUUGCAUGAAACUGAUUCAUAAAUAUUUGCCGUGUGGUCAAGAGAGUGAAACCCACUUCAGAGU